AUGGCUUCCUCGUCAUCAAAUGACUCUGCUGGAAAUGAUACAGAGUAUUAUGAAGACCUUUCUUUUUCCUUAUUCGACAUUCCUGUUUUGGUGCCUGUGACAAUCAUUUGCAUCCUCUUGUUUUUCUUGGGCAUCGCUGGGAAUGUGACCAUUAUACUCAUUUUUACAAGGUACAAGGAGAUGCGAACGACAGUGAAUAUGUAUUUGUCUAGCAUGGCCUUAUCUGACAGUCUGAUCUUUGUUGGCUUGCCAUCUGAUUUGUACAGGAUUUGGAGAUAUAGGCCCUACAUCUUUGGCAAUUUUCUUUGCAAAUUUAUCAUUUACCUCAGUGAAACCUGCACUUACUGCACAAUCCUCCACAUAACCACCUUGAGCAUAGAGCGAUAUUUUGCCAUCUGUUUUCCUUUGAAAGCUAAAGCCACCAUCACCAAACGCAGGGUCAAAGGCCUCAUUCUCCUCAUCUGGCUCUGUUCGUCGGUGACUGCUCUUCCAGUCUGGUUCCUCUUCGGUGUCGAGCACCGCAACGGAAGCCUACCGGAGGAAACAAAUGAAUGCAAAUGCAUCGAGCAAGCGGCCCGCUCUGGACUUCUCGAAACCAUGACAUGGCUUUCCACUCUCUAUUUUUUCCUCCCUGUGUUUUGCUUGGUGCUCCUCUAUGGACUGAUAUGUAAAAAGCUUUGGAGAACUGCUUACAGGCUGGAAGGGCACCAAGCUGCAACCAGAGACAAGUACCACCAACAAACCAUCAGAAUGUUGGCAGUGGUUGUGGCGGCCUUUGUGCUCUGCUGGCUGCCUCUGCAUGUUGGCAGGAUCCUUUUUGCCCAGGGCAACCUUGUCCUCUACGAGCUCACCCAGUACUUCAAUCUCAUCUCGAUGCUGCUCUUUUACCUGGGGGCGUCUGUCAAUCCUAUCCUGUAUAACGUCAUGUCAGAACGGUAUCGGAAAGCUGUGUGCCGGUUUUUGAAAUACACCCGUGUGGCAAACCAGACACUUCAAGAAGAGUGA